AUGCGGUGUGUUGGUGAAUAUUUGAUGACGGCUAAUGAAUCAAAGACCGCCCCCCCUGCCCCCGGGCCCGCUAAAUGGACACUGACCGUCCCCUGCCUCGUCCCUCGCCCGAAGGAGCAUCUAUGGCAGCGUCCAGCUAAUGAGGCUGUCCUCUUCCAAGCUUUAUGCGCUUUCAACGUGCUCUCUGCUACACAGCUCGACGCUGAAGUGUCGAAACGAAUGUCUGCUUCACAAUCAACAAAGAAACGAAAAACCUGGGAUGAAGAAAAAAUGGCAGAAGCUAUAAAAUUCGUCCGGGGAAAUAAAAUGGGAUAUUUGAAAGCAGCACAGCAUUUUGAAAGAAAAGCUGCUAUAGCAACAGUCAUAACAUCUUCACCCUACAAAAAUUAUUUAGUAAAUAAAAAUAUGAAGAGACAAGAAAAAGAAAGCAAGACAAAGAAUAAGAAGAAAACUGCGAAGAGAAACAAACAAACGAAGAAAAAUAGAAAUGAUCGUGAAGAAGAAGACUCUGAGGAACGGGACGUCAUCCAGUUUGAUGAAGACAGUGAACAUGAUGAGUUGAUGGACCAAGUAUCUCCUGACUCUGCUGAUGCAGAAUGUAUGUUCUGUUCAAACCUUUUCUCCAUGGAUAAAAGUGGGAGAAAGCUGGAU